AUGGACCACCAAAUAAUACAGAAUACUGUCGCAAUGACACCACACGAAAAGACAGAUGUCGAGAACCAACCACCAUCACCACCACAAGAAUCUCUCACACACGAUGAUGGACCUGUCAAACCUGCAACUCCCGGCCCAGGCCCGCCACCCAAUGGCGGUCUUCUAGCCUGGCUUCAUGUUGCGGGCUGUUUUAUGUUAUUCUUCAAUACAUGGGGCAUUCUGAACGCGUUUGGUGUAUACCAGACAUAUUACGAAUCUGGAGCGCUCUUCACUACAACAUCUUCGAAUAUCUCAUGGAUUGGCUCCAUUGAGGCAUUCAUGCUACUCGUCGUCGGUUUCUUUGCUGGUCCAGUUUAUGAUCGCGGCUAUCUACGCACAUUACUUCUCGUUGGAGGUUUUUUGAUCGUGUUUGGGCAUAUGAUGCUCAGUCUAUGCCACCAGUACUGGCAAGUCCUUUUGGCCCAAGGCUUUGUUAUAGGCAUUGGAACCGGCUGUCUAUUUGUGCCUUGCAUAGCCAUUAUCCCCCAGUACUUCACCACCAAGAUGGGAGCUGCAAUGGGUCUGGCAGCAUCGGGGUCCGCGCUUGGAGGCGUUGUCUAUCCCAUUGUAUUAUAUCGGCUCAUUGACGAAGUCGGAUUUCCCUGGGCUAUCCGCAUCAGUGGCUUCAUCUCCCUCGCGAGCCUCCUCAUCCCAAUCACCAUUCUGAGACUUCGUGUCAAGCCACCAAAAGUUCGCUCUUUAUUGGACUUUGCCGCCCUCACCGAUGUCACCUACAUGUCUUUCGUCCUCGUCUCUCUCAUCGCAUAUAUGGGCCUCUUCGUCAUCUUUUUCUACCUCUCAUACUACGCCGAAUCGCAGCGCAUCACCGACACCUCGCUAGCCUUCUAUCUAGUUCCCAUCUUCAAUGCCGCUUCGAUGUUUGGGCGAACGGCACCAAAUGCUCUCGCAGACAAAUUGGGACCAUUCAACAUUCUCGCGCCUGCAACUUUGAUCUCGGGCAUCCUGAUGCUCUGUAUGAUGGCCGUACACUCGAAAGGGGCCAUUAUCGUCAUGGCACUACUCUCUGGUUUCAUGAGUGGCGCCCUUAUCGGACUCCCUCCUCUCUGUUUCGUCGCCUUGACCCAGGAUAAGUCGAAGCUUGGAACAAGGGUAGGUAUGGGCUAUGCUAUGCUGUCGUUUGGCGUACUUGCUAGUGGACCUGGCGGCGGCGCAAUUCUGGGCCAAGGUGAUUCUCUGAACUGGCAUGGCUUGUGGAUAUUUGGUGGUGUCUCGACUUGUGUUGCAUCGUUGGGAUAUCUUGCAAUUAGGGUUGCCAAGUAUGGAUCCAAGCCGCUCAUAAAGGCGUGA